UUCCACGUCUUCACAUCACUCUUCCAACCUUAAAAAAAAAGCUUUCCUACAGAUGACACUUGCACUGCUGCUUUCAUUAAGUUUUCAACAUUUGUUUUGAUUGUCUCGUUCUUGUCGUUGGGAUUAUUUUCUUUCUUUUUUUUUUUGUUACUACAUUCCAACUGCAGUGAAGAAGUUAUUUUCGUUUGUUGCAUUUUCUUCUUGAAAUAUUUUUUUGGAAAUCAUUUACUUUCAAACUUCGUAGCGGUGUGGUUUAGCCCUAUCUCAGUUCUAUUCCAAAAAUGAAUCAAAAAGAAGGUAUCCUUGUUAAAUGUGGAGGAUUUUCAACUCAACUAUCGAAGCACGUAAAUGAAGCUAUCGAUGGUGACCCGCUUUGGAGUGCACGUUACGAUGUAACACAUCCCGAUGCAGUAAUUCGAACCCAUUUGGAUUUCCUUGAAAAUGGCGCUGAUAUUAUCUUGUCGAAUACUUAUCAAGCUAGUGUGGAAGGAUUCAUGAAGCAUUUGAAUUUAACUCGUGAGGAAAGUAUCGAUGUGAUGAAAAAUAGUGUCAGAUUGGCCAAAAGGGCUCGGGAGAUAUUUUUGGAGACAAACUCUCCAAAAGAAACUGGUUUACCUCUUGUGAUGGCAUCUAUUGGACCUUAUGGUGCACAUUUAUGUGACAAAUCGGAAUACCGGGGAAGCUAUGACGAAAGUGUAACAAAUGAUGUGAUGCGUGAUUGGCAUAGAGUUCGAAUUGAAGCUUGUUUAUCUGAGGGCGUUGACGGACUAUCAAUUGAAACAAUCCCAUGUCAAAAAGAAGCCGAAACAGUAGUUGAUCUUUUAUGUGAUGAAUUCCCAAAUACGAAAUUCUGGGUUUCUUUUCAAUGUAAAGAUCAGGAACAUCUUGCCCAUGGCCAGAAGUUUAAAGAUGCAUUUUUGUCCAUUCAACAAAGGCUUGAAGAAAAAUCAGCCACAAAUAAUUGUAUGGCAAUUGGAGUUAAUUGCGUCGAUCCAAAGAUUGUAGCAUCACUAUUCAAAUCCGUUCAAGAUAAAAACAUUCCAUUCAUUGUUUAUAGCAAUCGUGGUGAAGAAUUUGACGAACAAAACGGCUGGACAGGUGCCGAAAAGUGUGUUCCUUUAGCAACAUUUGUCCCAGAAUGGUCUCAAUUGGGAGCGAAAAUCAUUGGAGGUUGCUGCCGUGUGUAUCCUAGCGAUAUUUUAAGUAUAAGAAAAUGUAUUGAUGAUCUUUCUAAAACGAUAAUUACUUCAUAAAUAUUAUUUUUUUUAAUACCUAACUUAAUAUUUGUAAGUUUAUGUUUCCUAUGAUUUUAUUUU